GUGUUUCUUUCUUGACAAGCUGCAGGAGAAACUUCUCUGUGACCAGGCAAACGAUAGUAUGGAGGUGGAUGGAGAAUCCAGUGCUAGUGACCAAAUGGAAGUGGAUCAACAGGAUGAAGACAUUUACUCAAUGAUUAAAAGCUGCAAAUUUAACAUGAAAAUGAAGAUGGUAGAAAGUGCCAGGAAACAGAGCAGCUUCACAGUUGCCAAGAAGCUCCUGAAAGACCUGCGGAGAGAUGCCAGGACGAGGGAGGACUGGCUGCUGAGGUGGAAUUCCGCCUAUUGCCGCUUCGUGCACAGCUCCAGCCGGAGCCAGAGUUGUCCUCAGCGUGUGCUGGCAGUGCUAAAAACCAUCUCCCUGCUUGAAGAUACCAAGGCUGACUACCUUAGUAAGAACGUAAUGGCCUUCCGAAACCAGAAUCUUCUUCUGGGUACUACCUACCACAUCAUGGCCAGUGCUCUGAGUCAGGAUCCAAGAUGCCUUGAGCAAAUCAAGGAGGAAAAGGCUGGGAAAAUAUCACUACUAUCAGGAGAAAGUCUUGAGAAUCCUGGAAAGGUGUUGGCAGCUCUGAACAGGAAGGCUUUCCAGGCUUUGGGCAGUGCUGCCAGGAAGGCUGAAGAGGAGGUGCAGUCCCACUCCAUGGAGCACGUAGAUGUGGUGGGAGUUACCAAUGCAUACAUGACUUUGGUUGGUUUCUGUGACCAGCACCUGCGUAGAGAAGAAGAAGGUGGCUUGCCUGAAGUUAAUGCUGCAGAUCUGCAGCUAUUCCCAGCUAUUGUGGUGGAGAAAAUGAUAAAAGCUUUAAAACUGAACUCCAGAGAAGCCAGGCUGAGAUUUCCUAGACUGCUGCAAAUAAUUGAAAGAUAUCCAGCAGAGACAUUGGGUCUAGUGACACGAGAGCUUUCUUCGGUUCCCUGUUGGCAGUUCAUUGGCUGGAUUAGCCAGAUGAUGGCACUACUUGACAAGGAUGAAGCAGUAGCUGUGCAACACACUGUGGAGGAGAUUGCAAAUACCUAUCCCCAGGCAAUCAUCUACCCUUUCAUGAUCAGCAGUGAAAGUUACUCUUUCAAAGAUACUGCAACUGGUUGUAAGAACAAGGAGUUUGUAGAAAGGCUCAAGGCUAAGCUGGACAAAGGAGGAGUGGUUGGAGAUUUCAUUCACGCUCUGGAACAGCUCUCCAGUCCCGUCAUGCUCUUUAAGGACUGGGUUGAGGAUGUCAGAAACGAGUUGUUAAAAGCUCAGAGAAAUAAAAACAAGCUUAAGGAAAUGUAUGAAGGAAUGUACAAGAACUUGGGAAGCUUAGAGGCUCCUGGCCUUGGAUUGCUGAGGAAAAGGUUUGCUCAGGCUUUUGGGAAGGACUUCAGCCAUCAUUUUGGAAAAGGUGGUUCAGAAUUGUUGGAUAUGAAGGUCAGCGACUUUGAAGCGAUUACAACUUCUCUCCUCUCAAAAAUGAACAAAACCCAUAAAGAACCUGGAAACCUGAAAGAAUGUUCACCAUGGAUGAGUGAGUUCAAACCUGAGUUCUUGAGGAAUGAGCUGGAGGUUCCUGGUCAGUAUGAUGGAAGAGGGAAACCACUGCCAGAGUACCACGCAAAAAUCUCUGGGUUUGAUGAGCGGGUAAGUGUGAUGGAGUCCUUGAGGAAGCCCAAACGUAUAACGAUCCGUGGCAGUGACGAGCAGGAGUAUCCCUUCCUUGUCAAAGGUGGGGAGGACCUGCGGCAGGACCAGCGUAUUGAGCAGCUCUUCGAUGUGAUGAACAUUGUCCUCUCCCAAGAUGCUGCUUGUAGCCAAAGGAAUAUGCAGCUAAAAACUUACCAGGUCAUCCCCAUGACGACAAGACUGGGACUCAUCAAGUGGCUGGAAAAUACUUGUACUUUAAAAGAAUUCCUUAAUAACAGCAUGUCUGAAGAGGAAGACCUCAUCUAUAACAGCAAAAAAGGACCUCGUGCUACCUACUCUGAGUGGCUGUCCAAGAUGGGUGGGAAAGCACAAGGCAUCUCUCGCUACCACCUUAUGUACAGCAGAGGCAGGGAGAGCAGCGUUCCAGAAGACCUGCUGCGGAGAGCCUUUGUGGGGAUGAGCACAUCUCCUGAAGCCUUCCUGUCCCUGCGCUCCCACUUCGCCAGCUCUCACGCGCUGAUGUGCAUCAGCCACUGGAUACUUGGUAUUGGAGACAGGCAUCUCUCCAACUUCAUGAUCAACAAGGAGACAGGUGGCAUGGUGGGGAUAGACUUCGGGUGUGCGUUUGGUUCAGCCACACAGUUUUUGGGCGUGCCAGAGCUGAUGCCUUUUCGUCUGACGCGCCAGUUUGUUAAUCUGCUGAUGCCAGUGAAGGAGUGGGGUCUCCUGUACAGUGUGAUGGUCCAUGCCCUCAGGGCUUACCGUGCAGAUCCAGAUCUCCUCCUCAGCACAAUGGAUGUGUUUGUGAAAGAGCCUUCUUUGGACUGGAAGAACUUUGAACAGAGACAGCUGAAGAAAGGAGGCACGUGGAUUAAGGAAAUAAACACAUCUGAAGUAAACUGGUACCCUUUGCAAAAAGUCAAGUGUGUCAGAAGAAAGCUGACGGGUGCCAACCCAGCAACAAUCACUUGCGAUGAGCUUCGCCUGGGCCACGAGAAGUCGCUUUCUUACAAGGAUUUUGCAGCUGUGGCUCGUGGUCAUCCUGAUCAUAACGUCAGAGCCAAGGAGCCAGAGGAUGGACUCUCAGAAGAGACCCAAGUGAGGUGCCUGAUAGAUCAGGCGACAGAUCCCAACGUUCUUGGCAGAGUCUGGGAAGGAUGGGAGCCCUGGAUGUGA